CAGAUAUGGUUUCCACUCUUUAUAUCCGAUGCACAGUGAACCGACAUAUUUUCCUAAUAUGACAAAAGUUGACAGUUUCAUAAACUGAAAGGGGAGAUUUUAUACAACUGCAAUCCACACACGAUGAGUGACUAUAAGAUACCGAUAAUCGAGCCAACUAUAGAUUACACAAAGGUACCGCCGAUCAACCAAAAGCGGACAGUCUCUUUUAUAAAUCACUUUAUUACUCACACCGUGACGUUUUUGAAUAAAUUUGCCUUGUCCUGUGAGGAAAGACUUUUUGAUUUCGAAAAUAAAUUGCAAAAGUUAGAAGCGUCGUUAGAAAUAUUAGAAUCGCGGUUAUCUUCUAUACCUGGUUUAGAACAAGAACAUAAAAAAAUAAAUAAUGUAAAUGAAAAUAAUACAAAUAAAUUAGAGGAGGUAGAGGUAUGCAAAGUGGAUGAACCUGAUAAUAGUGAGAUAAAUCCUAAGGACGAAGAAAAAGCACAGUCAGCAGCUAAAGAUCCUCGCUAUGAAAAAUAUUUCAAAAUGUUACAUUUUGGUGUGCCAAAACAAGCAGUUAAAUUGAAAAUGGAGCAAGAAGGAUUAGAUUCAUCCAUAUUGGACAAUCCACAACAGUUAGUGUCUAUACCACGGUCGUCAGAGAACAGUGAGAAUCAAGGUGAAUAGAUCAUCACUUUAAUGCUGUAAGCACUGUAUCAUUUUAGGUAUAUUGGAUAUUUUUACAAAAUAGGAUAAAAACGUGUACAAAUCUCUA